UGUAGUGACCUGAUGAGCAGGAGCUCACUUUUUUAUUAUUCAGCUGGAGUGAGCAUCGGUGUGCUAAGUUCACUACUCAUCGUCAUCUAUGUACUGUCCAGAAUGGUGCCUAAGAAAAGUCCCAUCUACCUCAUGCUUGUGGGAGGCUGGUCUUUUUCUGUUUACCUUAUCCAGCUGGUGUUCAGAAAUCUACAAGAGAUCUUCAAAUUGUACUGGGAAUAUCUGCUGGGCUACUUGGUCAUUGUGGGAUGCAUCAGCUUUGCUGUGUGCUACAAAUAUGGCCCUCUGGAGAAUGAACGCAGCAUCAAUCUCCUCACUUGGGGUUUGCAGAUCCUUGGCUUGUUACUCCUCUACAUGGGCGUUCAGAUACGGCAGAUCGCCAUCGCCUUGAUUGUAAUUGCAGUCUGCACUAAAAACCUGGAGUACCCCGUCAUAUGGGCUUAUGCCAUCUACAGGAAGGUGUUCACAGCCACAGGAAAGCCCAGCCCACCGCGUCUACUAACUGAGGAGGAGUACCGCAUACAGGGGGAGAUAGAAACACGCAAAGCCCUGGAGGAGUUGCGGGAGUACUGCAGCAGUCCAGAGUUCUCUGCAUGGAAAGCAGUCUCCCGCAUCAAUUCUCCAAAGAGAUUUGCUGAUUUUGUAGAAGGUGCCUCACAUGUCAUCCCCAAUGAGAUCUCAGUCCAUGAACAGGAAUAUGGGCUAGGGGGUUCAUUUCUAGAGGAGCAGCUCUUUGAAGAGGAAGGUGAGGAGAGAGAUUACAACUUUGACGAGGAGGACUGCAUGGACACCUCAUGGCCCCAGCAUCACCAGAGUUUUCCAGAUAGGGAAAGCUAGUAGUCAUGCAGAAAGAGUGACUGACACCCCUGUUGGCAUCACAGUUUUGUUUCCUAUGGAGCAUAUCUAUGCAAAGCCUCUUCUGUAUGGCAUGUGCCUCACAAGGUGUAUCUGCAGCAUGGGACACUCCAGGAAGUGUGAUAAUAGCAUGUGCCAUUAAAGUCUUGCCAUCUAUCCCUGACAGUAAACCAAAUGUGAACUGACAUGUGGGAUAUGUCACAGUGCCCCAAGCAAUGCCUUUUAUGGGUUGCAGGCCAGCUGGAAUUGUGGGCCACAAGUUGUGCAUAAGGGUAAGAAGUGUGUGUGUGUGUGUGUGUGUGUGUGUGUGUGUGUGUGUGUGUGAAGUGGUGCUAUAAGUCUGUUGAAAGCCUGUUAGUGAUGGUGAACCUGUCUUGGUAAAAACAAGGGCUUAAAAACACCAGUGUCUAAUGUCAGCUCAGUUUGACAGAAAUAUCGUAACUUUUGUUUUUGUUUUGUUCCUUGGAAGUGCACAGUGCUACCCUCCAAGCCCAUGCGUGUGGGAUUUUUGCACAGUCUGUUGCUCCUGCACUUGAGCAACACUUGUUUAAGCUAACGGGUUGCACAAGUUAUUUGUUCCCCAUGGGAAGGGAAUUCCUUCAGUUUGAAUGCCUCCUAAAUAAAUCCCUCAGGUUUCCUGUGGAGCACCUUUGAUUUAUUCUUGCUGUCCAAAGCUUUGUGUUCCACAAUUAGCCUGCCAGGGCACAGGCAUACUUCAUCGACACUCUUUAUCUCUCCCCUUCUUUGUACUUCUGCAGUUGCCCUUAUGAGACAGUAGCACCUGGAUAAGAUAUGGCAGAAGUGAAUAUCUUGCAGUGUUUGCACUCAUAGCUAUCCAGAGCUACUAUUUAGUGUCACCCAAGACUGAUUAACUAUUACUGGCCCUAUGGUGGGAUUUAACCUGUGGCAUGUGGCUUUCAACGAUCUGCCCAUGUUUGUGUGGUUUGCAACUCUGAUAUUUGAAUGCUGUAGUUUCCAACUCUACCUCCUAACACUGAACCUCUACUCAGAUUGGUUACAUUGGGAUCUGUUCUGUUUCUAGCAGAGAUUUAGUGUAGCUUAGCAAAGAUUUAGUGUAGCUUAUUAAAUUCUUCCACUGCCACUUCUACAUCAGAGAUAAUGUCUAAAACCAUUAAAACCAUAAAAACAAUAACUUCAGAAUUCUGGACAACAACAGGAGUAUGUCAUCAGUACCACAUUUUCAGGUGUGGCUUCAACAGAGAAAUCCAGUGAAGGCUUACAUUUUCAAAAUUGCUAUUUUUUCUCUAAGAUGGGUUGAAUCAGAUCUUAAAAGAAUGGGUGAAUUGUAUGGGCUUCUGAAUUUUUUUAAUAUACAUUUUUGAAUGUUUUAAUCAGAAAAUAUGUAUUGACAUGUACAUUUCAUCUCUAUGUAUUUUUAAAUAUAUUAGACUAGAUCUAAUUGUUGCCUUGGGUAGAAUAAAACCACUGAAUCAGUGAGAUUUACAUAAUGUAGACUGGCCAAGAUUCCAUUAACUCAGUGGGUCUGCUGUGGUUGGGCCUAACCAUUUGGAUACAUCCCGUCACAAAAUGUGUGUUUAAAAUGCAUUUUACACUUUUAUCAUGCCACUUUGCCACCUAGCAUGUUUUUCAUCUAGUGUAUCUUGUUGACCAAAAUAUUGGGCAAAAAGAGCUGGGCUUCUUAUCGUCCAAAGCUGUCUUGGAAUUUUACAGAGCAACUUCCAAUCUCAUGUCUACUUUUCAUAGUUCUUUAAGAGUUAUGCAAAUAUAAUCAAAUACUAAGACCUCAGUGUUCCUGCUAUGGCAGCAACUAUAAAGAGAUGGCUACGAAAUUUGUUUUCUUCUUGUCACCUGAACAUUACAAUAAAUCAGACUAUAUAUAACUGCUAACAAAAAAAGAAAGCUGUGUACACAACUUUACAAAAAAACCUUAUAUAACAAAACAUCCCCUCCCACCCAAACACAUUCUUUUUGUUCUUGUUCCACUUGCUUGAAGGCUGUCAGACUUCACUGAUUUCAUCUUCUGAACUAUCUGUUCUCAACUCAUUGUCUUCGAUUUCCGUCUCUAAGAGUUCAUUGAUGGUUUUUGAUUGUUGGGCAGUCAGUUUUAUCGGACUGUCAUAUUUUUUCAACAGCAUGAACUACUUCCUUAUAAUUCCUGCCAUAUGUUGCAUUUUCUCCUUGGAUUCGCUCAGGGUAUGUAGAAGGAACAUUUUGAAAACAGAUACUUGUGGUUGAUGACUGGGUCAUCUUGGUAGCAGUUUUGACAUGCUUGUGCCACGUCCCACCAGAGGUGAUCUUUUGUGGAUCUCUAAUAUAGUUACCACUGUUUCCCUCUGGACGGUAAACAGUUGAUAUCAGUUGAGGUGGAUGACGGGCCGCCAUAUUGAUAGCUGUCUUCUCUUGGGAGUAGAUGACAAAACUCUUCUGAAAUUUUUGAAAAAAUAGUACCACAAACAAAGUGCUUCUUGCAUAGAAGAAAUAAGAGUUGUGCCUUAGUUUCUUGCUUAACAAUUGAACAAAGUGAGCAAACAUUAAAAGGUGGGAAAUGUAGCUAUCUUAAUCCCAUCUGUUCUGGUUAUUCUUUUUCACCUUUUUAGCUUGUCAUUUGAAUGUCCUUGCAAAGUGGUUGCAUAUGUAAUUGGCAAAACCUUUGAUUUGUAGGCCAGGAUUCAAUGUAGUACUUGAUGGCAAUGUUUCCUUCAGAAUCAGCAGCUUUCCUUUUUCCAGCAUCCCCUACAUGCCCCUAGAAACCUGCUCUUGAAGGUUUCAGAUUCUCCCCUUCCUCCCAUGGGGGGACUCCAGGUAGGAGAGUACACACUUUCACCACAGCAGUAUGGUCCACGUAAGUACUCCACUGGAUCCUGACUACUGUAUACAGCAAAAUUUUUGGUUUAUAUUUUUCCCCAUUCAACACGACAGAGAUCAUAAAACAUGUAUUGCUCUACAGAAAAUAGGGAGAACCCUGUCCUUUGGAUAUAUUUAAAAUGUUACAGGAAACAGGGUUGCUGUUGAACACGACUAUCUUAGAUGGGGGAAGAAAAUGCACAACAUGCCUGGGAUAAUUGCUAAGUUAUUCUAGAUGGGAUGGGAUGGGGAAGUCCAAUGGGACUGCUUUGCAGAUGGUAUGAUCUAUCCUCUUUAAGGUUCAGCAGUAAAGCAGAUCACUACUACUGAUUUUUUUUCAUAUUAAAGAACUACAGGUUUCUCUGAGCUAAUAUAUUUAAUAUCACAUUAGUAUGGUCAAACAUGAAAUGGAUGGUUUUGCUGUACUUACCAUUUAAACUGUACGUACGAAUGUCACCUGUCUCUUCUAGCUUUUGAAACAAGUGUGAAGCACUGAAUUCUAGGACUUAGCUAAAACUCAUUCUGUCAGAAAGUCCAGUUACUUGAUCUAUGCAAUGAAUGUAUCUUACUCAGUAUGGAAUAAAAGCCAUGAAAGUUUUUUGAGUGACUGGGAGUACCUCCCAACAGUGGUUAAACUACUUAUAAAUAUCAUUUUAAAGUAUUGCUUGUUUCUUUCAUUUUUAAUUUCCUCAGUGAGAUAAAGUCAGUGGUUGGUUUUUUUUAAAUGUACUCACAGUAAAUAUACUGAAAUGCCAUCUGAAUGUGUUUUUUCACUUGAGUUGUAAAAGUCUGAUAUUUUUAAUAAAGCCCUUUUUUGGUAGGAAA